AUGAGCCAGCCUGCAUUUGCGAACCAGUCGCAGGCGGAAUUAUGUGUCGACCAAGGCUUCAACACCUUUGUCGGGGAUUGCGUGCAACAAGGAUGUAGCGUGGUCGAGUCCCUGACCUUUGUCAAUAUCACAAGAACUGCAUGUGGAUUCCCUCUAUCAGACUAUCGCCACGAGUCGAGAGCGACCAGUCUUGGCAUGUUCAUACUUGCGUCCGCCUUCUUCGCAUGCCGAAUUACAGUAAAAGUCAUGAGGUACUCUCCUUGGGGAGCUGACGAUACUUUGAUGGUAGUUGCAUUUGCCGCCUUGAUCCCGUUCAUAGUUUUGAUUCAGUACAUGAUACCACAAGGUCUAGGGCUUGAUAUCUGGGUUCUCCACGACUAUCAGAUUACUACCUUUCUCAGGGUGAGCACUAUCAAGAUCGACCGAGUCCACUACAGAGGGUUUCUUCAAACACGAGCUAACCAUUUGCAGUACCUCUUAAUGGUCCAAACACUCUACGUCUUCAUCCUCUCCAUCGUAAAGGCAUCUAUCCUCCUGUUCUUCCUCCGCAUUUUUCCGGACAAGAAAUUCAGGAUCGCAGUCUGGUGGACGCUAGCCUACGACCUCUUCGUCGGAUUCAUAUUCAUCGUAUUCAGCUUCGUCCAGAGACAGCCUACAUGGCUCAUCUGGGAGGGCUGGCGUGACAAGGAACCCCGUGGAGUCAUCCUAGACCUCAACAAAAUGGGCUUGUCACAUGGCGGCAUGAACAUCGCGCUCGAUGUCUGGAUGCUCAUUCUGCCGUUGACACAGCUCUAUAAGUUGAACCUCAAGAUGAAGAAGAAGCUUGGAAUCAUUGCCAUGUUCAGUGUUGGUAUCUUCCUCACGGUAGUUAGUGUUGUCCGCCUUCGCAGCCUGAUUUCAUUCGCGACAUCCGCAAAUGCGACAGCUGAUGCGCGUGGGACCACGAUCUGGUCUGCCAUUGAGAUCUGCACUGGCGUAGUGGUUGCCUGCAUGCCCAAUGCAAGACAGAUUGUGCGUGAGACUGGCCGGCAAAUCAAGGAUGCAUCGGCAAAUCUUACGAACAGGACGCAUGGAACGAAUUCGGGGUCGCAGCGAGUCUUCCAAGACCAUUCGCUCGAGAUGCGGGUGGCAGUGAACUCUUCGGGCGCCAAAUCAGCGCCAACAGAUAAGUGCAGUUACAGUUCUACCACUGCCAUCAAUUCCGGGAGGAGGAAUUCGAGUUUUACAAGCGAUGCGGAGACAGCAAGAAAAGACUUGAUGUAA